AUGAUGCAACAACAGCCGACAGUUUUGGUCUUUAAGCCCACAGUUCGCAAGGAAAGCGACAGGAAGGCACAGUUAGCAACUAUCCAAGCAUCCAAGGCACUUAGUGAGAUUGUCAGGACAACACUAGGACCACGGUCCAUGCUAAAGAUGCUUCUAGAUCCAAUGGGUGGUAUCGUAAUCACCAACGAUGGGAAUUCGAUACUCAGAGAGAUUGAUGUCGCAAACCCAGCUGCAAAAUCUUUAAUUGAGCUUAGUCGUUCACAAGACGAAGAAGUCGGUGAUGGAACAACCAGUUGUGUUAUACUCUGUGGCCAAUUUUUGGCGAAUGCGGAACCUCUUUUGACUCGUGAAAUUCAUCCAACUGUUAUAGUUUCGGGUUAUAUGGAGGCCUUAGAAGAUGCCCUUGCUGUUUUAGAGGACAUAUCUGUCAAGAUAGAUUUGAAUGAUAGAGAGGGAGUAAAGAGCGUGAUAGAAUCAUGCCUUGAAACCAAGUUUUCAUCUCGCUGGGGACCUCUAGUUAGUGAACUUGCUUUACAAGCUGUUACAAAGGUAAAGGUAACAGGUGCUGAUGGAAGAAAUACCAUUGAUGUUAAAAGGUACGCCAAGGUAGAAAAGAUACCUGGAGGCUUUUUGGAAGAUUCUUGCGUACUUGACGGCGUUAUAAUCGCUAAAGAUGUAACUCAUGCUAAAAUGGCUAGAAGAAUUGAGAAUCCACGGGUCCUAAUAUUGGACUGUACAUUGGAGUAUAAAAAGGGAGAAUCACAAACGAUUGUUGAUAUAACAGAUGAAGCUGGUUGGACAAAACUGUUGGAGCAGGAAGAGCAAGAAGUACAAAAAAUGUGUCAAAAUAUUAUAAGCACCGGAUGUAACGUUGUUGUUACAGAGAAGGGGGUAUCUGAUUUAGCUCAACACUUUUUAAGCAGAGCAAAUAUAAGUUGCUUGCGUAGAGUACGCAAGACCGAUGCCAAUAGACUUGCAAAAGUAACUGGAGCAACGAUUGUAAACAGAACUGAAGAGGCAAUGAGCCAAGAUGUGGGUAAUAAUUGUGGCUUAUUUGAGGUCAGAAAAAUUGGUGAUGAGUAUUACUCUUACUUUGUAAAUUGUAAAGAUCCAAAGGCAUGCUCUAUAGUUCUCCGGGGAUCUUCUAAGGACGUGUUAAAUGAGAUGGAGAGGAACCUCCAUGACGCAAUGAAUGUCUGCAGAAACAUUCUACUUGACGGUAAACUCCUUCCGGGUGGUGGAGCAUCUGAACUCGAGGUUUCAACUGUCUUGUCCAGAAAGUUGGAAGAGAAAACAGGGUUGAAGCGCUGGGCAUAUCGUACUGCAGCAAAGGCCUUUGAGGUUAUACCAAGGACUUUGGCUCAAAAUUGCGGAGCAAAUCCCGUGAAAGUUGUAACAGAGCUACUAUCUUUACACGCUAGUGGAGAGUCCAACAUGGGAAUUGAUGGUGAAACUGGUGAAGUUUGCAAUGUCAUGAAGAGAAAGAUCUACGAUACAUUCGCAGUAAAGUCACAAGUCUUCAAAAGUGCUAUAGAAGCGGCGUGUAUGCUUCUGAGAAUCGAUAUCAUUGUUAGUGGAAUCGGAAAACGUGGAGAACCUGGCGCUGAUGAGAAGGUUGCCAUCAAUGAAGAGGCACUUGAAGCGUAG